GAUCUUCCUCCUUAAAAGGGUUUCCCUACUCCUCCUCCACCCCACCCCCCUUCUUCUUCUUCUUCUAUUUUGUCUUCCUCCUUUAUAAUAGAUUUUCUUCUUUUCAUAUAUCCUGUUUUUCUUGAACUAUGAUCAAAGGAAGAUCUGAAGUGUCUCGUGCGGCUAUAGAUCAUAUGAUGCAGCCUCAUGAUCAUUGGGAUAACUAUUCUUCUGUGGCGCUUCGGACCCACUCAUUGAUGACAUGCCAGAAACCAGCACUGGAGCUGAAAGCUUACAAGCUGACACCACAACGACAAUGGUCUCUGACCAACGAGCGAGAGCUGAACAAGAUGAAGCUUCUGCUGGAAUGCGCCGUGGCUAUCACAGCGGACAACCUCGGUGAAGCUCAUAGACUGUUGCUGGAGCUGGCCCAGAUGGCCUCCCCUUAUGGCACUUCAUGUGCUGAGAGGGUGGUGGCCUAUUUUGCCAAAGCAAUGAUGAGUAGGGUUAUAAAUUCCUGGUUAGGGAUAUGUUCCCCGUUGAUCAACCACAAGAGCAUCCAUUCGACCUUCCACGUCUUCAACAGUGUCUCUCCAUUCAUAAAAUUUGCUCACUUCACCUCCAACCAAGCCAUCCUUGGAGCAUUACAAUGCCGCGACAGGGUUCAUAUCAUAGACCUCGACAUCAUGCAAGGCCUGCAAUGGCCAGCGUUGUUCCACAUCCUGGCCAACCGUUUAGAAGGACCACCAUACCUUAGGAUGACCGGCUUUGGUGCUUCCAUGGAUCUUCUUGUGGAAACUGAAAGACGGCUCUCGAAUUUUGCUAGACGGGUUGGAAUGUCAUUUGAAUUCCACCCAGUGGCAAAGAAUUUUGGAGAGAUUGACAUUGGGGCGUGGAGCAAGACGUCUCCCACGACGGCGGGUCCUCCCUGGACCGCCUCGUGGGGUCACUCCACUAUUUUUCAACCAUGUUUGAUUCCCUCGGGGCGUCCCUUCCAUGUGAUGACCCUGGAAGGCACCAAGUGGAGCAUUGCCCUCUCUAUAGGGAAAUCAACAACAUACUGGCCGAUAGCAGGCCCUGCGCGGAGUGGCAAGGACAAGUUCCAGCAGUGGAGGAGUAAGUUGGCGAUGAGGAGUUGUUUUGUGCAGGUGCCAAUGAGCAGCAACGCCGUGGCUCAGGCGCAGCUAAUACUGAACAUGUUUCCUCCGGCUCAUGGGUAUAGCCUUGUGCAAGGAGAUGGGACGCUGAGGCUUAUACGAGCUCGUUGACUGCUUCUGCUCGGACUUAACAUGUCUCUAGAUAGCCCCAUGCCUUAUUGUGUUUCUCUUUUCCGUUUAUUUACCUUAUGUGAACUUUUCCUCUUUGGGUAUUAAGAUGGGGGCAAAGCCCAUCUGCUGUGAUUAAAGAAUAUUUUUAAUU